CACACAGCGCAUGAGUUUCUGUUGGAGAUGUCCGUCGAGGGAGGUAGAUUGGACGUGGCGCUUUCCGAGCGGGGCUGUCUGUGUGCGGCUCAAUACAUUGUUGGUGUAAUCAAAUUCCAUUCUUGGAUAUAAACAUAUUCCUGAUUGGGCUGCGAGGCUCUUCUUGGUUUGGGGAUUUUCCUGUUUGGAUUGAGCGACUCGACUCGUCAUGACUUUCCUCUACUGGAAUAUUUCAAUACUCCUGUGUUUUUAUUGCGUUUCCCUGGCAGUAGCAGACGCAGCAGGGGAGCUGCCUGCACCUGUGAAUCCUCAGGUGUUCUGGUUGUCGGAGUUUUGCCCGAGAAUUAAUUGGACCAGACCAGACAUUUCGGACACAUGCGUGGUUAACUAUACAAUCGAUACAAAGUCCAGGGCCUCAAAAGAGCAGGAGGUCUGGGACCUGGUUUAUCACAGCCGCUAUCCAGGGACCAGCGCGGUGGUCCCCUGUAUGUCUCGGGAGAAGGACAUCCGCUUCAUCAUCACAACAGUCCCUACAGCAAACUGCAAGCAGCACUCUGAUAGCGAGCCUUUCAACUUGACAGUCCCACAUCAGCCAGAGGUUGUGAAGGACUUCAUGUGUGGCUUCUACACCAAUCAAGACAUCAACUGCACCUGGCUCCCUUCAGACAACGUCAUAAACCUGCAGAGUUACUACUGGUUUCCAGGUACUCCUGCUGACCUCAAUCCGUGUCCACUGGUCAUGGUCAAGGGCUCGCAGCUGAUUGGCUGCCACCUGAACAGCAGCCACCUCCACCCCAGUCUGGAGCUGUACUUCCUGAUCAACGGCACCCGGGGGAACUCCGUCCUCACCAGCACCUUCAAGAGGAGCCUGAGGAAACUCUUCAAACCCCCCCCUCCUGAAGUGACCAUUAAUCUGACCAGCCCCAAGACGCUACGCUUCUCCUGGGACCCUCUGGACUUCGAUCGCUACUCUCACUGCAUCCAGUACAAGUACAACUACAGCGAGUGCGGCAAAAUUCAUAUAGACACCAUCUUGGAGACCAGCGUGUCUGUGGAUUACGUCCCCAAAUGCAGAUACUCGGUGUCGGUGAAGACCAUGGUCGGCGAACUCUGUGGACAGGGGGAGAGUGAACCUAGUCGAGUUAAAUACUACGAAGCGUCUGAAGGCAGCACAAGCGUGGUCCCCAUACUGGUGGUCAUUUCUGUGGGCAUCCUGGGAUUCUUCUGCGUGCUCCUGUUCUUCUUCUUCCACAAGUAUAAGGAGAAGCUUCUGCCAAAGAUCCCCGAGCCCAGUCUGGGUGUAAGCGUCAGAGGACUGAUGGAGCUUCUCUACGUGCCGGUGAAGGAGGAGGUGGAGAUCAGCCUGGAGGUGUAUCCCAACAACGGAGAUGUGUGGCAAGACAGCAGAGUUGUGAAACCCACACACACUCUGUGAAGACCCCGAGGUCACAGUGGCAGUAGAUCCAUGGCCCAGUCCUUUGCUGAGGUCAGAAAAUGAACUGUAUUUAGCAGAGCCUGGCAUUCUUAAGGAGGACUUGAGCUAUGGGACCCCUCUGGUGUGCAUCACUCCUCCAGGACUACCUUAAGGAGCAGAUGUGUGCAGGAAAAACCUCUCAGCUCACUACGUCCUUAGCUUCCUGCCUUUGUUCACAUUGGCUUUGACCGCCUCGUUAGUGCAUGCGUGCGCGUGGUGGUGGUUGUGUGUGUGUGUGUGUGUGUGUGUGUGUGUGUGUGUGUGUGUGUGUGUGUGUGUGUGUGUGUGUGUGUGUGUGUGUGUGUGUGUGCAUAUGUAUAUAUGAUUGAAACUGUAAAUUAAGGAUUUCUCUAUCAGACUGUGCCAAACUGUGAGACACAGGUUCUUUAUGUGUUUGUGUGUGUGUGUGUUGUGUGUGUGUGUGUGUGUAUACAUAUACACUGUGUAUCAGAUUGGGACUGUGCAAAAUAAGUGAAAUCUGAAUCGGACUGUGCCAUACAAGAUUGUGCCUUAAUCAGACACAGUGUGUGUGCGUGUGUGUGUGUGUGUGUGUGUGUGUGUGUAUACAUAUACACUGUGUAUCAGAUUGGGACUGUGCAAAAUAAG